GACCUCUCUUCACUUCCCCUUUAAAUCUUCCCUGCGACCGCAGACUGUUAUUAUUUGUCGGCGGACAGACCUCUGUGUGCAUGUUCGUCUGCACCAGCAAUCCGCCGCAUAUAUAUAGUGGCACUCUUGUUUGAGAGUUAUAAAAAUGGCGUUACUUACUCCCCUCCUGGCGUUUCUGUAUCACCUUCCCCGGGUGUACAAGUGGCUGCUCAAGCCGUAUUAUGUGGCGUCAGUGUUUUUGUCGGUGAUUUUCUUGCUGGUGCGAAAGACGCCGGGGAUCUGUGAGCACUUGUCUACCACCAGAGAGGACGGCAACUCCUGCGAUUUCGACUGGAGGGAAGUGGAGAUCCUCAUGUUCCUCAGUGCCAUCGUGAUGAUGAAGAACCGGAGAGCCAUCACUGUGGAGCAGCACGUGGGGAACAUCUUCCUGUUCAGUAAGGUGGCCAACGUCAUCCUGUUCUUCAGACUGGACAUCAGGAUGGGCUUGCUGUACCUCACUUUGUGCAUAGUCUUCCUGAUGACAUGUAAACCUCCUCUCUACAUGGGACCCGAGUACAUCAAAUACUUCAGCGACAAGACCAUUGACCUCUGUGUGUCCAGGUAUAAAGUCAGCACGUCUCCUCUGACAAAGCAGCUGCCCUCUCUCGUCCUGUUCCAGGGGGGGAAGGAGGUCAUGAGGCGCCCCCAGAUCGACAAGAAGGGGAGAGCCGUGUCCUGGAGCUUCACUGAGGAGAACAUUAUCCGGGAGUUCAGUCUGAAUGAGCUGUACCAGAAAUCCAAGAAACUGUCGAAGAACCGGGAGGAGAAGCAGGAGACGCAGUUCCCCACAGUGCCAGAGGAGGGCGCCACAGAGACAGGGGAAGAGGGGGCGGAGACUGAGAGCAAGAAGGACAAGUAGAGCCCCUGUGUGAUGACCUCACAAAGACUGGGUGGGAUAUGCAGAUGGUUCUGGGGAGUGGGAAGGAGAGGAGCACCACUGAGAUGGAACCUCUUGAACAGGAGAGGAUGUUUUAUUUCCUAUUUUAAAACUUUUAUUAUUAGCUAUGCUCUCCUAUGUGAACAGACGUAUUUUGUGUGAUGUUUUUAAAUUGAGUUGGUGAAAUAAAAUUUACUGUUGUCAUCAAGGGCUCCAACCCUCUCCCACCCUACCCUGACUUGUUUUAAAGUGAAACAGGUUUUUGCUGCAGGGAGAAGGGCUUCUUUUUGGAGGGGAUGAGAGGGUUGACCGAGGGAGAAGAGAGACGGGGAUGGGAAGGGGGGUUGGAGCACAAGAGGGAGGCCAAACUUAUUCUCUA